AUGUCUUCACUCGAUGCUGAGUUUAUGGAUCAGUACGUCCUUCGUAUUGCAGCCAUGACCUACUUGAGUGGUGUAAUUGGAACGUUAGCCGUCGGAAUACAACUAUGCAUGUUCACCUACGGCCUACUCGCCUACCUGACGACAUCCCAAGGCGUCAGAAAGGGCCGGCUGCCCUACAUCAUCCUGAGUUUUGUCCUACUCGUACUCCCACUGGCUGUCACCUGCUUGGACCUCCGAGACGAGUUCAGGCCGAUAUACCAAGGUGGACUUGGGAUGGGGUAUUACCAGGAGAAGAUGCUGGAGGAGAGAACGUGGAGCCCGGUUGUGUGCCAGGGGUUAUUCUACCUAAUUCUUGCGUUGGGAGAUGGGAUUUUGGUGUAUAGAUGCUGGAUUAUCUGGAAUGAUUUCCUUCCAGCCGUCGUACUUCCUGUCAUACUAUACCUCGGUUUCAUAGGCCUCUCUCUAGCCCAGUUCACCCGCUACGCAAGGGGCACCAUCUGGAACAGCGACGCCGACCGACUGCGAGACCGGAAAAUCAACGUUGCGCGUGUAUCGCUCUCAGUAGCGCUCAACGUACUCGCAACUUCGAUGAUCGUCUACAGGAUCGUCGUCGCGCAGCGUGCCUUAUCACAAGCACUCCCCGGGCGGAGACUCGGGGUGUACACCACCGCAGCGCGGAUCAUCAUCGAGUCUGCUUUACCACUGUCGAUCUGCGGCUUACUCUUUGCCGUGCUGAGUCCGCUGACUUGGGCGGCGCUUUCGGGUGAUGGAAGGCCGAAUCUGCUGCUGCUUACUGCUGGGAUACUUUUUGAUAUUAUGUAUUCUACGCUUGCGGCGCUCUCCCCUCAAAUGAUCAUCUUCCGUGUUACGAUGGGACGCUCGCAUAUACAUAGUGGUGACCUCGGUUCUUCGAUUAAUUCUGACGACGAACAGUGGGACGACGUGGAAAUCGACAAUGACCCCAAAGAUCAUUUGUCUGUUGUGGAAGAGCCAGUGCACUAUGAAGCUUUGAACCGGCUCGAAUGGGAUGUCGGACUCGGCGAUGCCCACCGAGAGAGCCGGGAUGGAAUUUGGGAAACAUCUCGAGUUGGGGAGGGAGAGCUCGUGGUGGGACAUAGUAGUGGGUUGCACCGGAGGAACGAAGGCAGUGCUUGA